AUGUCUUCCGCGAUUGAGGAAGAGGCCACUAUCUCCAUUCCCAGCCUGGCCUUUGUCGCUGUGCUGGGAUACUUCAUUUACCGAUACUUCUUUUCUGCUCCGCGGGGCGGUACAGAUGGCAAUUCCUCGUCAUCAUCGAGAACUCCAGGCCUCCGAUUCACCCCGGCGCAAGUCGAUCACAUCGCCCAGAUGUUUCCCCAGCUCAGUCGACGUGAUAUCAUGUGGGAUCUACAUCGCAAUAGAGGCAGUGUACAGGCGACUAUAGAAAGAGUAUUAUCAGGUCGAGGCUUGGAGCCGGCCCCACCCUCUUUCCAACCGCCACCAGCAUUCACACCGACAUCAUUUGAGUCGACAGCCGCAACGACGACAUCGACAGCAAUCUCCACGGCCUCUCUACCGCCGGAUCUGAUCACGCGAUACAAUCUGCAGGCAAAGGUGAAUUCGAAGGGCAAGGAGAGGGAAGAAGAUGGUCCGCUGCCCGGCUGGCAGAGCAACAGAGAUGCCCGUCAGAAAAUGCUUCAGAACCGCAGAGAUGAGAUGAUCUUGGCUGCGCGACGGAAAUUGCAGGAGAAGGAACAAGGUGCACAGCUGCAGCAGGAGCCGCCGCAACCUACUGGACAGCCCUGUUAA